AGAUACCUCAGCAUUGAAUACUUUCCACGUGUGCACGAAUACUCUGACAACCAAUCUUUACAUCAGUCACCGACUGGUACAUUACCUUGAUCCUUCCGGUCAUCUCUCUCUCAUUCGUCUUUUGACGCGUCUCUUUCUUCGACGUUGAUUAAUUAUGCCUCCGGCUCGGAGCCUCCGUCAGAGGACGGUGACCAAUGAAAACGACGAAAAUGCAACAUCAACGCGCCUCACAAGGGCCAAGGCAGCUGCCCUCAGUUCAGCAGACCUCAAUGGAGGUGAACUCAAGAAGCCAGUGCAGAGUAAGAAGGCAACAACGACCACCUCAAACACCACUCAAAGACGCCGUGCUGCCCUCAGUAAUAUCAGUAACGUGACAAAAACGGAUCUUGUCGACGCGAAGGAUGCCAAGAAGGCUGCCAGCAAGACUGGCCUCACAUCAAAGUCAACGUCGCACCCCGGUGGCGUUCAAAAGCUAAGCAGAUCAAACACCACUCGUGCUGCCCUUGGUGUCAAAGACGCCAAUAAGAAAGCUGCUUCGACUACCGAAGUGAAGCGUCCCGGAAGUGGAUCUGGUGUUAAACGUUCGUCCAGCCAGAAGUCCGUCAAGGAAGAUCUGAACCAAAACGAGGAGCCACCUCGUAAGAAGCUUGGUGUGGAAAAGAAAAAGACGGAAGUCAUCCAGCAACAAAUUAUAUCUGAAAAUGUUACUGAAGUCGAGGUGGACGUCGGUGGUGCGAAAGACUUGGAAGCUGAGGGUGUUAUGGAUCUAGACACAGAGGAUCUUGAUGAUCCAUUGAUGGCCGCUGAAUACGUGGUCGAAAUCUUUGACUACCUCAGAGACCUUGAACAUGAAACGCUUCCAAGCCCAGACUAUAUUAACCAUCAACCAGAACUUGAAUGGAAGAUGCGCGGCAUCCUGAUUGACUGGUUGAUUGAGGUUCAUGCAAGCUUCCGACUUCUCCCUGAAACCCUUUUCUUGACUGUCAAUAUUAUCGAUCGCUUCCUCUCCGCUGAGAUUGUUUCUCUGGAUCGUCUACAGCUGGUUGGCGUUACCGCCAUGUUCAUCGCGUCUAAGUACGAAGAGAUCCUGUCCCCUCACGUUGCCAACUUCAGUCAAGUCGCAGACGAUACUUUCUCGGACAAGGAAAUUUUGGACGCGGAGAGACACGUCCUUGCCACGCUGAACUACAACAUGAGCUAUCCUAACCCUAUGAACUUCCUUCGGCGUAUCUCCAAGGCUGAUAACUACGACAUCGAGACGCGUACAUUGGGCAAGUACUUAAUGGAGAUUAGCUUGCUUGACCACAAGUUUAUGGCUUACAAGCAAAGUCACGUAGCGGCGGCUGCUAUGUAUCUUGCGCGUCUCAUCCUUGAUCGUCCUGAGUGGGAUGCCACUCUUGCACACUACUCCGGCUAUACGGAAGAGGAAAUCCAACCCGUCUUCCUACUCAUGGUCGACUACCUGCACCGCCCUGUUGCACACGAAGCAUUCUUCAAGAAGUAUGCCAGCAAGAAAUUUUUGAAGGCAUCUAUUGUUACCCGCCAAUGGGCGAAAAGAUACCAUUCUCUGUAUCUCAACAGCGAACUCGGAGACCUGGCACAAAGCUAGAUACUGACUGAAUGAUCCACGACACCUUCAUCCUUAUGACGUCCUUCCAAUAGGGCUUACAGUUGGUCGGCGCUAUAUUAGGGUUGAUUUUGUUUUAUACCGGGGCGUUCUCUAUAUUUAUGCGGGCGCUGGAGAAAUGUUUCAUUUGCAUAUUACGAUGGCAUUAGUAUUCGGGCUUUUCUUUCUACUCUUUUCACUGGCGUUUCACUUCUCUUGCUUCUUGCCUUCGGUCUGUGGUUUGCGUCUCUACACAUGUUUCCACAAACAUAAACCAGGAGGAAGACCCUUACGGCUUCGUAUAUGGGAUUCAUAUAGGUUAUAUGGAUUCGACACAGACUCGAUAUGCUCUGCGCAAAGCGAGAACAUGUCCAUGACUUAUCUAAUUCGGGUGGUUGCUGACUGAGGUGGCUUGUUGAUUUGACUUUGCGUGUUGUGAGGAAUUUGUUUUGGCUUGUGAGGGAUUCGGGACACUUAAAGGCUUUGGAUUGCACUUGAAGUUAUAUUGAUUGACUGUUUGUUUUAAUGGGCGUUGUAAAUAUCGUUUGAUUCUGAAUUCGAGACAUUUCUAUAU